AAAUCCCGGUUACACAUAUUUGGAAUCUCCUCUCUAUCCCAAUGUAUAUCCUGCAGGGACAUCAUGUCGUUAUAAAUUUGUGGCACCAUUGGAUUAUGAUAUCAGCAUUAACUGCACGAUUAAUUUGAAUAUGGGCAGCAAUGCCUGCAGUACCGAAUAUUUCUAUGUAGCUACGGAUGGUGAUGAAUAUUUACGUGGAUCGGAACAAUUUUGCGGCAAAGGUGUAGUGGUACGUAAAUCUCUUUUCCGCUCGGUGGUAUUUGCCUAUACUUCGGGUGGUUCGUGGGGUAGUUUCCGUUGUCAAAUGUAUACGGCACCACAGCCCUGCGAUUGUGGUUGGUCGGUGAAUACGAAAAUUGUUAACGGACAAGAGACGGGCAUUAAUGAAUAUCCUGGGGUAGUGGCCCUGAAGACCGCCGAAGAAUCGCCGCCAUUUUGUUCGGGAACCAUAAUUUCCCAUUAUUAUGUCCUAACGGCGGCUCAUUGCACAGAGUUGGUACCCAAUCCGGCAACUUAUAUUAUCAAGGCUGGUGAUCAUAAUUUGGCAAUAGAUACUGAAACCAAAUAUGCCAUGAACUAUUAUGUGGCCCAAAUUAUACAACAUCCUGGCUAUAGCAGUAGACCCACUAUGAUCAAUGAUAUUUCACUGCUGAGAACAACCUCUCCCAUAGAGUGGUCAAGGGGAGUGGGUCCAAUGUGUCUGCCACCACCGGGAACGACGGAAACCGAUUUCACCUACACCUAUGUGGAUCUGGUUGGUUGGGGCACAAAGUCCUUUGCUGGGGCCUAUUCGGAUACAUUGCAGAAGACAACGGUCAUUAUAACGGAUAAUGAAUCCUGUGCUCGUACCUAUAAUGAUACCACAAUUUAUCCCUCGCAAGUGUGUACCUAUGAUUAUACCGGAACUAGUCGUGAUUCGUGUCAAUAUGAUUCUGGCGGUCCUGUGAUUAGACGCACGUUAAGACAAUAUAUUUUGGGUUGUAUUAGUUUUGGUAAAUUCUGUGGUCAAGGUGGCUAUGCAACGGGUGUCAAUACUAGGGUUUCCUCAUAUUUGACGUGGAUCUAUCAAAAUACUGGAAUAACUUCUGGCCAACAGCAAUGUUCCAUAGAAUAUCGUUUACAAAAUGAUCGCCAAGUGUUGAAUAUAACCUCCCGAAAUUAUCCCAAUCCAUAUCCCUUGGGUACGAAUUGUCGUUAUCGCAUCACAGCACCCCUCGAUCAUGUUGUGGUGGUGAAUUGCUUCUUUGAAGUGGCCCCAAAUAGGUGUGACAAUGAUUAUUUCAUCAUAUCCCUGGAUGGUGAUUUCCAGUUACGUGACGGCGAACGUUAUUGCCUAACUAGUCAGGUUACAAGAAUAUCGCAUUUCCGCUCCAUGGUUUUGGCAUAUGCCUCGGUGCGACCAAAUGCUUUACAGCGAGGACGUUUUGCUUGUCAGGCAUUUGCCCGACGUCAGGCCUGUAGCUGUGGCUGGUCGGUGAAUACAAGGAUAACCAAUGGUGUGGAGACGGUAAAACAUGAAUUUCCUUCGAUGGUGGCAUUGAGAGAUGGCAAUUCACCACAGCGUAUAUUUUGUGGUGGUAAUAUUGUUAGUCGCCGCCACAUCUUGACCGCAGCCCAUUGCAUGCGCAUGUAUCCAGACCCGAGUCGCAUAGUGGCCUAUGUGGGUGAUCAUAAUUUGGCUGUGGAUGGUGACACUGCCUUCGAGGCCCAGUACCGUAUCCAGCGCAUCAUUAAUCACCCCAAUUAUGCUUCAACAUCCAGUUCGACACAAAAUGAUAUUUCGAUUUUGGUCACAGUGCUGCCCAUGGAAUGGUCCCGUGGUGUGGGACCCAUAUGCCUGCCAUGGCGUCAAAGAUUCGAUCCCUUCGCCUACAUGCAAGUGGAUGUGGCCGGUUGGGGUACCAUUGCCUUUGCCGGUAUGAAAUCAAAUACCCUGCAAAAGGCCCAACUAAUCACCGUUGAAAAUCGUGGAUGUCAGGAACGUUAUAAUACCACCGUGAUACAGAGCUCUCACAUUUGCACAUAUGAUUAUUUGGGACGUGGUCAGGAUACAUGUCAAUAUGAUUCGGGUGGACCGGUAAUAUGGCGAUCACAACGUCUGCAGCUACUGGGUUUGAUUAGUUUUGGCCAGAGUUGUGGCCAACAAUACGGGAUGGGGAUUAAUACGCGCAUAACCUCACAUCUGCAAUGGCUGUGGACCUAUCUGCAGCGGGAUGUGUGUGUGCUGUAA